CGCGCCGCUGGAGGCGCCGCUUCCUCUCCGUGCCCCAGCGUGGGCGCGCGCUAUGGAGCCCGGAUUUUGGAUCGGCGGCGAGUUUGAGGACUCGGUGUUCGAAGAGGGGCCGCAGCGGCGGCCUGGGCCUCCCGCGCCCUACCGCGCCAAGCGCUGCGAGCCGCAGUGGUUUUAUGAAGAAACAGAAAGCAGUGAUGAUGUUGAAGUUCUAACUAUCAAGAAAUUCAAAGGGGACCUGGCCUACAGACGACAGGAGUAUGAGAAAGCACUGCAGGAGUAUUCCAGUAUCUCUGAAAAAUUGUCAUCUACCAAUUUUGCCAUGAAAAAGGAUGUUCAAGAAGGCCAGGCUCGGUGCCUAGCUCACCUGGGAAGGCACGUGGAAGCUCUAGAGAUUGCUGCAAACUUGGAAAAUAAAGCAACCAACACAGACCAUUUAACCACUGUGCUCUACCUCCAGCUUGCUAUUUGUUCAAGUUUGCAGAACUUGGAGAAAACAAUUUUCUGCCUGCAGAAACUGAUUUCUCUGCAUCCUUUUAAUCCUUGGAGCUGGGGCAAGUUGGCAGAGGCUUACCUGAAUCUGGGUCUGGCUCUUUCAGCAUCAUUUGCAUCAUCUCAGAGACAGAACAGUUUCACCUCAACUGACGAAACUAUCCAGUCCUCCUUUUCACACUCAGGAAAGGAUUAUCCUUUGUGCUUCCCUGAAACUGUGCCUGAGAGCUCUGUAUUUUCCGUAGAAGCAAGUGGCAGUAAUGGCCAGAAAACUGAGAAAGCUUUUAAAAACAGUCAGAACUGUGUAUCUGGAAGGGGAGAAGCGGUGUUGAUGGAGACUCAGAUGAAAGCAUGUGCCUCUCUGAUUCGAACCAGACUUUUACUUCAGUUCACCCAGUCUCAGCAAACAUCAUUUGCUUUGGAGAGGAACCUAAGGACUCAACAGGAAAUUGAAGAUAAAAUGAAAGGGUUCAGCUUCAAAGAAGACACUUUGCUGUGGAUCACUGAGGUUAUGGGAGAAGAUAUCAUUCCAGAAAAAAUAAAAGAUGAAGUUCACUCAGAAGUGAAAAGCAUUGGCUCUGCAGCUCUGACUGCCUUGGUGACCGCAUCCUCGAAAGAAUUUGAAGACAAGUGGUUCAGAAAGAUCAAAGACCAUUUCUGUCCCUUUGAAAAUCAGUUCCAUACAGAGAUACAGAUCUUGGCUUAGAGGUCCAUUGAAAAACAAAAACAUCUUGCACUGUAUUAAUUGUCCUUAUUUUCUUCAGACAGGAUCUGCUGAUCAUGGAAAACAGUGAAUUUAUAAAGAUGACUUCUUUCCCAGAUUGUUUAUACUGA